AUGAUUGACAAGUAUUUGAUUCUGGUAAAAGAAAGUUUAAAUUGAUUCGUAACUUUGAAAAUAUUUAAAAGGGGUGUUUUCUUGAUUUCUGGCUAGUAGUUUUAGAUCUUGAAGGAAAAUUUUUAAAUGUAACACAAGCAUGGAACGAAAUUGGGAAAUUGAUGAUGGACAAAUUCUCGAAGGUUUUUUAUGUCCAAUAUGUAGAGCAGAUUUAAAAACCCCAGAAAGACUAACAGAUCAUGUUGAAAAUAAUCAUGCGGAAGAACAAGAUACCUUAAAGUUUUUAAAAGACAUUUUUAGUAAAACUCGAAAAAUCCUAAAUUUUGAUGAGACACUUGAUCUUGCAAAAUCAAUUGACAAUAAUUUGAAGGUAAAUGUAAAUAUACAGGCAAAUGUUUUUAAUGGUAUGGUUCAAACCGUGGGUGCAGAUUGUAAUCAUUUUUCUUAUUUUAGUUCUAUAAGAACUCCACGUUUAGAUCGAUAUGCAAACGAGACUAAUAAAUUAAUAAUAAGAUUAAAUAAACUAUUAAAAGACAGACCAAGUGAUCCAAUACAGCAAAAACUUCACGACCAAAAAACCGUUCCAUGGAUAGAAGGGGCAUCAGUUAAGUUAUGCCCAAGUUGUGCAAAAAGUUUUCACAUUGCACGUAGACAACAUCAUUGUCGAUUAUGCGGAUCUAUAAUGUGCAAUGAUUGUUCACAAUUUCUUCCUUUGAGGGAAGCAGCUGAACUAGUAAAUGGUGUUAUGUCUGUAAAUGAGGUAGAAAAAAAAUUGGACUCAAAAUCUGAUACAAAUUUAAAUACUAUACGAGUAUGUGACCAUUGUUUGCAUUUAUUGGACGCUAGGAAGGAAAUGCAAGAUAGCAGAACGUACAGACCACCAAUAACAAGUCUUUAUGACGACAUACAAAAUCUUAAAAAGGAAAGUUUUCCAGAUAUUGAAAUGUAUGAAAAAAUGAUAAGUAGUUUGCAAGAAGGAGAAUCUAUUUAUACUGUGAAUGAUGUUAGUACUUUAAGAGGAAAAAUAGGGCAUUUAGCUGAAUUAAUUGAUGUUAAAAGCAAAAGAAUUCUCGCAAUACCUACGCAAGAAGGUUGUCGAGAAGAAGCAUUAAAAAAAGCAAUUCGUAUAGCUAGUAUUCAAUUUAUAAAAGAAAAUAUGUUGUCAAUUUCUAAACUGCCUGUUGAAGAAGAAAUUAAAAAAUUACAAGAAAAACGACGAAGAGAAACAGAACAAAACAUAGAAAGAGAACGAAGAUUGGCUCAAGAAGCAUUUGAAAGAUAUGGAUUAGUAGAUAAUUCAAUUGUAACAAAUAGUCCGGCCAAAGAAUCAUUUGCUUCUGCGUCCGGUGUAACAACUCUAGAUAAUUGGACUACACAUCAAUCAAAUUCAUUUAGUGAUAAUGUAGACCCUCUAAUAGAACAAAUAAAUAUAAUAAAAGGUUACAUUAAACAAGCUAGAUCAGCCAUGAGAUUUAAUGAGGUGGAAACCUUAGAGAUUAAUUUGCGCGAACUUCAACAUGAACUUUAUUUUAGGCAGCAAAAUAAUAAAUAACAUUUUUUAUAAAUGAAAUGUAUGGGUACUGGUUUUGUUAGUUGAAUCUAAAAACUGUUUUUGUGCAAAUUAUAAGUAUUCAACUUUAUUUAAUUUUUUAAUAUACAGCAAAUAUUUAUUUCAAAAUUUAAGUAUGUAAAUAUGCUUAAGCCAAGCAAAAUUAAUAUUCCUAAUUGGCUGUUAUCGACAAAUGCAUUAUAUUAUUUAAAAAUUUUAUAUAUAAUUAUGUAUUAAAAUCUAAAAUUCCUUUGGUCAAUAUCAAUUUGUUAUCCACAAUUCAAUUUAUAGUUAAAUAUAAAAUUUUUCUUCUAAUUUUGGUUUUUAAAUAUUAUAUAAUUAUAAGAAAAUGUAUAAACA